AUGGCACUACCAUUAUCAUGCUUCCUGCUCGGCUUCAACUUCUGCCAUCCUUUCGUCGAUAUGAUGCCCCACAUGGUUCCUUUUAACAUGCCCAUUCCGGUACCAAUGUUUGUACCGCAAGUGGUACCCUUCUACGUACCAUCGAUUCCCACUUCAAGUGUUUUGGUCAAUGAAGGAGCGACAAAGGGCAGCAAUGUCAAGAAACCCGUAGUUUACUACAGAGCGUUAAAUGACAAACUUCCUGGAGGAUUUGGACGUGGAAAUGUUUACGAAUAUCAUGCUCCUGGGCAUGACGAAAUCGCUCACAGCUACGGCACAUCACAGUCGUUUGGAAGUCCUAGCUCCGGUAGCUUUGGGAACUUACAAAGCAGCUCGUCUGGAUUCUUUAACUCGUAUUCAGAUUCCUGGGACUCCUCAUCCUUAUCUAGCAGCGCCAAAGGCACACGUCCAGUAGCUGUGGUAUCAAGUGCAAAAAUUGUGAAGGUAACAAAUAACCUAUAG